CAUGUUUACAAGAACCAAGUGAACAACCACCCUUGGAUGUGUUAGGUGAAACGGUUGGGUAAAGCUUUUCAUUCCUAAUUAACGUGGAGUUCAUCCGAUUAUGUGCUGAAUGGAACUACAUCAAUAUCCAAUGUGUCCGGCGACAGUGUGCUUUGCAAUGUGUUACUGCAGAUAGAUGACGAGAGAUUUCCACAGCCUGUCUCUACGUUUGUCAUUGCCCUACUGACUUUCCAUAGUGCAUUUUACAUAGCUAUUUGUUUAUUCAGGCUCAUUUAUGCAAUACGUAGCCCACGACAUGACUACAGUAGAGACGAUGUUUGCAGAGGGUGUUGAACUACAGUUGUUACCCUCAGACCCACAAGACAUAAACACCCAAAGGUGCCGCAUAGGUCCAUCUCUAAUGGCCAGCCUCAGACUGAAUAUAGGCACACCUGUCUUGAUAUCCACCCCUGGAGGAUGCUGUCUGUGUACGGCUUGGCCAAGACGGGACUUGGCUGAGGGAUAUUUUCAGUGUGAUGCCAAGUGUGUCACAGCUAAUUUCAGAACCCCCACUCAACAAACUUCUUUCAAGUGUGAGGAUAUCAGACCACUGACUUGUCCAAAACUGAAACGUGUGAAAGUUAACGUUGUUGUGACGAGCACAGACUUCAAGAAAAAGAUGCCCUCGCAGCUGAUUCAUGAUACAGUGAAAGAAAUGCUGAGUGGUCUAUACAUUCAUGAAAAGCAUGUCAUUUCAUUAAGUUCCCUACAGACUGAAAUGAACUGUGUUUACAUUGAGAAUGCUAACUCUGGUUCCACAAAAGCAGGCCUUGUCACAGGGAACACCUGUGUGGAGGUAGCUGAAGUCAUCACAAUCGCAGAGCACAAAAGAAGAAUCACCCAGGAGUCCCCAACGGCAUCCUUAGGUGGAAUGGAGGAUAUCUACACCUCGCUGAAGGAGCUCAUUCACCUGCCUCUCCACUACCCAAAGACACUGAGUAAGCUGGGCGUGCUGUGUCCAAGAGGGGUGCUUUUAGUCGGCCCACCAGGAGUAGGAAAGACCAUGCUGGUCCAGAGCGUGGCGCGGGAAGUCGGUGCCACUCUCGUGACGAUCAACGGACCCGUGAUUCUGGGAUCCAGGCCCGGAGAGAGUGAGGAGAACCUGAGAGCCGUGUUCCAACAAGCUAGGGCGGCGUCGGAAGAGGGACCCUGUGUGUUGUUCAUCGACGAGAUCGACUCUCUGUGUCCGAGGAGAUCGGGCUCGUCCAGCGCUCCAGAGAACCGCGUGGUGGCCCAGCUCCUGACGCUGAUGGACGGCAUCUCCAGCCGAGACCAGUUUGUCACCAUCGGAGCCACCAACCAGCCGGACACCUUGGAUCCUGCUCUCAGGAGGCCCGGGCGGUUUGACAGAGAGGUCGUUAUUGGUGUCCCAACGCUUACACAAAGGAAGUCCAUCCUGGAGUGCGUCAGUAAGAAGAUGCCCAUGUCCAGCAGCGUUGAUCUUGCGGCCCUGGCGGAGGUCACCACGGGCUACGUAGGGGCUGAUCUCAGUGCCCUCUGCAGGGAAGCAGCUCUCAGGGCCAUCCUACACUCCCCAGAGGGCUGUGAUGGGAAAGCCAUUGAGAUGCAGCACUUCCAUGAGGCUCUGAAGAGAGUACAGCCAUCUUGUCUCAGGAGCAGCAUAGGCCUUACUGACUACAAACCAGUAACCUGGGAACAGAUAGGAGGGCUGGAUGAUGUCAAACUCAAAUUGAAACAGAGUAUCGAGUGGCCUAUGAAGUACCCGGAGUCGUUUGUGAGGCUGGGCCUGUCGCGGCCCAGAGGGGUGCUCCUGUACGGCCCGCCAGGCUGCGCCAAGACCACCUUGGUCAAAGCAGCCGCCACCUCCUCGCACUGCGCCUUCCUGUCCGCCAGCGGAGCGGACCUCUUCUCACCCUUCGUUGGGGACUCGGAGAAAGCCCUGGCACAGCUGUUCCGGCAGGCGAGGGCGUGUGCCCCCUCCAUCGUGUUCCUGGACGAGGUGGACUCCAUCCUGGGCAGCAGAGGCGACGGCCGCGUGGCCCACAGCGUGCAGGCCGGGGUGCUGUCCGUGCUGCUGAACGAGCUGGACGGGGUGGGCCUGAAGACGGCCGAGAGGAGAGGCCCCCAGAGGAAGCAGCUGUGUGGUGAGGAGGGAGGACAGGAGCAGCGGCAGCAGCGGCAGAUGGAGUGCCAUGAGGUUUGCAACAAGAAUGUGAUGGUGGUGGCUGCAACCAAUCGGCCGGACGCUUUGGACAGUGCCCUGAUGAGGCCCGGGAGACUGGACAAGAUCAUUUAUGUGCCUCCCCCAGACCAUGAGGCACGGCUAACCAUACUGAGGCUGUGCACGGAGAAGAUGCCCCUGGAUCCAGAUGUGUCUUUGGAGGAGCUGGCCAGCCAAACAUCCCUCUUCUCUGGGGCCGAUCUAGAGAACUUAUGUAAAGAGGCCGCCCUCAUGACGCUGCAUGAGGAGAGCAUGGACGCUUCCACUGUGCAGCAGAAAUACUUCAGAAAAGCCCUGCAGAGCACCAGGCCAUCACUCACCUGUCAGCAAAUACAAACUUAUCAACAUCUUUUUGUCUGAAACAAUGGUGUCACAAUUCUCAGAUCAGAAGCAUUACAUUAUAUUUAAAUGACUCAAUAUGUGUGAGCACAAAAUAAGUGAAUAUAUAUUUUUGUUUUUCAAUAAAUACAAGUUGUGUUCCUACCUAC